ACAUACGUCUUAAACAACAAAACCGUGAAAAAUAACUGAAGUAAUAGUGCCAGAGUUUUCUCUCCUCUCAAGUCUCCUUCAUAUUUUGUCUAUCUAGCAACUGACCGAAGAAGUUGCAAAGGAGACGCAGAGUUGCUCCUUCUACUGGGAAACAGCCGUCAAUGGCUCCUGAGAAGGCCUCUCAGCAGCCAGACAUGGAGACAAAGUUGGAGUCAGAGCCGAAACCGAAUCAAGAACCGGAGGCAGGAGAUGAUCUUGAUCCAGCAAAAUCAAUCAAAAAGAUCCGUACGAUCGUGGAAACUUUGCAUACACUCUUUCCACCCCAGCUACCGAACCUAACGAAGUCUAGGAGCAUUCCUCCUCCAAAGUCUAAAGUUCAGAAGGUGAGUCUAACCCCAGCAAUAAGUGCCCCAAUUGGAACAACUUCUUUGAACCAUGACGAGUCAGAGAAUUCAAUUCAUAAGCUAAAACGUAACCUUCGUCUACUGGAGGAAGAUGUGGCUAAGCUAAGAGUGCUUAACGAAGUGGUAGGAGAAGAGGUGAGCAGACACAUCGUUCCACUCGACAAACUACUUCAAAAAGUGGAAAAGGGAACCACCAAAAGUCAGUUAACCAAAGGUAUGAAGAAAGACUUGGAGGAUGUCAACAAGAAGAUCUUUAACUUGAUGUGUCAGGUCCCUUUGCUUCCCAACAGACGCAGAAAGCCAGGAGGGUUAGAUUCUGAGGACGGCGAAGUGGAGAAUAACGGAAAAGGUAUUGAAUGCUUACCAGGCAUCCAUGCUAAUGAAGAAGAUCUCAAAAGACUCGCGGUUUUCAGACAAGUUAAAGAAAAGUUCAUAGAGCUUCGUAUUGACCGCAAGAUCUGCAUGCUGAGCUUUGCUGUGUUCCCGGAGAAUCAAGAAGUGAAUAGAACGAUGCUCAUGUAUUGGUGGAUUGGAGAAGGGAUUCUCCCUGAUGGAAUCAAACCCGAAGAUGCUGUGAAAGACAUUCUCAAGGAGUUUAUGGAGAAAAAGUUGAUAGAGCCUGUAGAAAACAAACGCAAAGUGGAGCCAAACUGCUACAAGAUGACACCCUUUGUGCAUUCCUCAGUGGUUCUUAUCUCAGAGGAGAUAGGACUCUUUAGUAUGUAUCAGAAAGGGAAGAAGCCAAGGAUGAAACACUCAGACUUGAAAAAGGUUUGCCUUGUGGAAGAAUCAUCAAGCCAGCCAGAAGCAAAAGCUAAGAAAAUGCCAGCAGGGGACAUUGAGACAGUGUUCAAUGUUUCUGAGAGGUUUCCUGAUUUUGCAUUCAAGUGGUUCUCUGAGGACCAAUCAUCAGGGAAGAAGAAGUUUAGCUCUCUAUCAAAAACUGCAUACAAGAUGCUAAAGGUGUUUUAUCUAGGCAGAUGGGAGAGAACCGCGAACCGACACAUCGAGGUAGAGAACCCUGAGCUUAUGAAGUACUUGAAGCACAUGACUAAACUCAAGCUUCUGAGCUUUCAAGGGAUCUCAAGAAUUGAAAGACUUGAUGAUGCUGUCUGUAAGCUUCGGGAGCUCAUCAUCUUGGACCUCAGAGCUUGCUACAAUCUGGAGAAGCUUCCAGACAAGAUAGAUUCGCUCAAGGCAUUGACCUACUUAGACAUCACAGAUUGCUACAUGAUAGACCGGAUGCCAAAGAGGCUUUCAUGGCUGGAUAACUUGGAGGUUCUCAAAGGCUUUGUGGUUAGUGAUGCUACUGAUGUGGAGACGUUCUGUUUGCUGUCUGAGCUGAAGCACUUGAAGAAGCUGCGAAAGCUAAGUAUUACAAUAAACAAAGGUGGUGAGUUCACUGUUUCUCAACUGUUUGUGGAUAUUCAGGACUUCUCCAAUCUGGAGAAGUUGAAAGUGGCCUGGGGAGGUAUUAAUGAACACAACAAAGCUGAAUCUACUUCUGGAGCAGUAAAAGAAUUCAUCAGGUCGAUGACACGGCUUCCUCCUAAUAGCCCAGUUACAGGUCCAAAGCCUCACAAGGCUCCAAAGAAGGCAGCCGUUCCAAGCCACCUUCCAGAGAAGUUAAUGAAACUGGACCUGCAGUGUUUUCCUGAUGCUGAACUGCCCACAUUGCUUGAGCCUGGUAAGCUACGUACGUUGGAAAAACUCUACAUCAAAGGAGGAACCAAACUUACUGGCUUUGGGAAGUCCGUGCCUGAGGAGCCAACUGAGUGCAGUGUCAAGGUUUUGCGUCUGAAGUUCCUUCCCAGGCUAAAAGUGGAGUGGAGGGAGCUGAGGGAACUUUACUUUCCAAAACUGGAGUUCUUGGAUAAGUAUCAAUGCCCUCAAGUUAGUUUCUGCCCCUGUGAUGGUAUCGGAAUCUGGCGCGACAAGUCUACGCAACUCUGAGCAGAGAGUUGCUCAUUUUUCCCUAUGUUUUAUUUCCUUUUUGUUGCUGCUUCUAUUGUUGUGUGUUUGCUUUCUAAUUUUCCCAUUGAUGUCUUCCUUGUUUGCUUUCAAAUGUUGUUGUUUGUUACCAGUUGAAUAAAAGAGUUUGGAGUGUUUGUUUUGCUAA